GGCUCACGGCUGGUGUGUAUAAGUAUUAGAGCAGGGAAGGGCGGCUUUUCUCUGAGCUGCCGCUUCGCUAGCCGCUCCCUUUAUUGUGCCCCAGCUAUGGUCCGGGAGGCGCCAACGGCUCAUCCCCUUUUGCUGGUCGCCGUCUUCGUGGUCAUGUGUGCUGCCAUACCGCACUCUAUCAUGGCCAUAGAUCUUAGCCGUCUCUACGGACAUGUCAGCUCAAAAAGAGGUGACGCCUGCCACCCAUACGAGCCAUUCAAAUGUCCAGGGGACGGCAACUGUAUCUCCAUCCAAUAUUUGUGCGAUGGGGCGCCAGACUGCCCUGACGGGUACGACGAAGACUCAAGACUUUGUACGGCUGCCAAAAGGCCGCCAGUGGAAGAGACAGGAAGCUUCCUUAAAUCGCUUCUCCAAAGCCACGGUCCGAACUAUUUGGAAAAAUUAUUCGGAAGCAAAGCUCGAGAUGCACUGAAACCACUAGGUGGAGUGGACAAGGUUGCGAUAGCAUUAUCAGAAUCACAAACAAUUGAAGAUUUUGGAGCAGCGUUACACUUGAUGCGAUCAGACUUGGAACAUUUGCGUUCCGUGUUUAUAGCAGUAGAAAACGGAGAUCUGGGAAUGUUAAAAUCAUUGGGAAUAAAAGAUUCCGAGUUGGGUGAUGUGAAAUUUUUCUUGGAAAAACUCGUGAAUACCGGAUUUUUAGACUGAACCAUAUUUGACCCUGCUGCUAUUUUCUUCGCUCAUCCCCAACCCCAUCUACCUUUAAGUAAAAACUUUUAUUCAUAUCUUCCAUAUUAAGUAUCUUUCUGUCUGUCUGUCUACUUCAUUGUUCAGCAGCAGAGUCCGUUAAACUCCGUCCCCUGUCUACACCAUCCCUUAACCAACGGCUCGUUUUUCCAAAUCAACCAGUAAUCAAAAUGAUAGAAGCGUAAUUUUACAAAUUUGUUCCUUUAAAGAUAAUUUUACAAAACAAAAAAUAUAAACGUUGGCCUCUCAAUAACACCAAACUUUACACUAUAAGGGUGGCCUUAGACAUUUUAAGGUUUUUGGGUAAGCGAGCCUGGUUAUGUUUUUACUCUGCUGGACAGCCCUUUCUGCUGUCUCAAAGGCUGGCUGCACAUAACCAAGGCCAACAACAAUUUUGAACUUAUGACAAACAUAUCAAAGCACCAAAAGGUCUUUGAAAUCGGCACAUAUCAUAAAUAAGUAUAUUGUUAGUCCAUAAGACAAUUUUAAAACACAGAUUUAUAUAUACUAGUACAUAUAGUUUUUAUUAAUGUUUUAGACAUCUGAAUGUUUUUCAAAGAAUGUAUCUCUUUUUGUCAAAUCCACCUUAUGAACUUAAGUGAGAUAAUUAGCUACAUGUUGGAGUUACCAGAGACUUUCCUUUUCAUUUAAUUCAACAACGAUACCUAAAAGAAAAUAGAUUUAAAUAUAUAAUAUACCACGACCUAGUCACGUCGAUGUAAUAGCUAAAUGUGUGAUAGUGCAUCGUGUAGUUUCAAAAAUUUGCUAACAAAAACUUCAUCGACAAUCAACGCAGUAGUCUUGAAUGUAUGUAAUAAAUUACAGUUUACGCUUUCAGUCACAAUAUUAAUGAAAGUAAUCAAGUUUUAAUUAACGAAUCUGUGCUAAACCCGAUCCAUAAUUUUGCAGAUACAGUGUCAUAUUUUGUAGGUCAAUCAGAAACUAUUGUGGGGGAAUUGAGGUGUGAACUUUGUAGGUGAAUAGAAUUCAAUGAAUACUUCUUGUAUCAACACUUUAUCUAUAUUGUGAUACCUGAAAUGUUUUCUUUUGUCUUUCACAAUGUAUAUAAAAAUUGAGCUAAACUAGCCUUAUUUCUUCAAUUAAAAACGUAACAAUAUGCAUCUAUUUAUAUUACACUAUUUGACUUUAUUUCUUCCUCAAUUCAAUUUUAGUAGCUUUUGCCUGAGAUCUAUAAAUUAACUCUUCGAUAUACAUCGACGUACAUUGAGUAAAGUUUGCAAUAGUUUUUUAUUAUAAAGAACUACAAUUAAGUCAAAAUAGUUUCCACUGAAAGUGUGUGCAACAAGUUUGCUACAGAUACCUGAAAUUUAUCGUCAAAAAACUUCGUAGGACGGUGAUAUUAUUAUUUUAAAAUAAGUUUCUGAUCUUUGUGAAAAAAGGUUUCAUGGAACACAAUUGCAUUCUUUAUUUAAAGAUAAAUUCAACACGUAAUUCCUCAGACUAAAAAGUAACGAUAAAAUAUAUAGGUACUAAGAAUAUCUGUUGUGCAAUGACACUUAGAUAAUCAAUAUUUUACAGAUGUUCUGUUUAUCUUAUACAAUGUACUGUUAGUAAUAAAAAAGGAUCUUACUACAGGUUACAGUCUAUUAUUAAAGUCCUUUUUAGGCAGAUCAUCACAUUCUUGUCAACUUAUAGAAUUAAAGCUUAAUGGUGUGCACAACUUACCUAAAUAAAAUCAUAACCAAAACUACCUCAUAUAUCUCAGUUAAAUUGUGAAAAAAAUGUAUUACAACAAUCAAAAUUGGCACAAAAUACGAUUAUAUAAUUAUAGUCAACACAAUUCUCAUUAAAAUUUCAAUAAAAUAUUUCUAGCAAAGAAAAAUAUUGUUGAAAUGGAACAAUUUCAUGAUAAACUAUCAAGCUUUUUACAAAAAGUUGUUUUUAAUUGGUCAGUGGUGUAUUUACUGUAUUUUAAUCCAGAAUCUAAACAGUUUUUAAAAUGUUGUGAUAUAUAAAUAAAAGGGAUGUUUUUGGUAGGCUCUUUACAGCAAUUAUUGUGGCACUAGUCAUAGGUUUUAAUAGUGUAUUAUUAAACAUAUCAAAUACCGGCUGGCCGGUUUAUUUUGGCCAAGAACUCCCCACCUCGGUAUAAAAAAUUUGAGAUCAUGCUAAAACUUUGUUGCGAUAGGUGCAGGGUAACAAAGUGCUGGCCUACCUCAACUUUAUCUGCUUAGGGGGGACUUCAGGACAAUUAUUAAGCAGCGACACUGCGGGUUAAUAGGAAGCGCUUUGAAGGGCCUAAUGCGCAAACGCCCUUGAAACUCACAGUGUCGAUUUUGUGAUUUUUGUAUAUAUAAUUAGAAAUUCUGAUGCCGUCGACACACUCAGAGGAUAACGACCUGACACUUUACCAUCAAAUAUAUCUGGGAGUGUGGAACACGCCAUCUAUUAACAAGCACAAUCACAUCCGCAACACGGGAAAAAUAUAGUCAAUAUAUGGUGUACAGUUUGCCUUCAAAUCCAUUCACCCUAAACCUAUUUCAAAAAUAAAAAUGAUUGGCUAAUGCGUCAAUCCUAAGACAUUAUCUAAACUUUUCGCGCAUAUUUAACAUAUCUUAAACAUUAGAUUUUUCUUUUUACGAAUAAUAGAUUAUAAAAUAAAAAUAAAAGAAUAUUUUUUAAUCUAUUAGAUUUUUCGAUGUAAACAACCAAAGCAUACUGUGAAUAUAUUUACAUGAAAUUAAGCGUAAAUUUUGAGAAUACACAAUAUCGUGUAUUUUAAUAUUAGAGUACAAACGCACUCAUAUUUCUUUUUGUUUUUGACAGUGGUCUGUUGUGAUUUGGUUUGGGGUCAGAUUUAUGUAUAGUCAAAGUAUAUAAAUAUAUAAAAAAAAUUUACAAAUAUAUUUUUUCGAAUAGUAGUGCAGGUGUUUGUGUUUGGUACGCGAUGACACUAUCAUUUGAAUGAUGUACCUCCCGUAUAUAAAGGCUGGUAUAAUUAUUAUAUAUAUAAUACAUAUCAAAUAUUUUUAUCGUUAUUCAUUAUGUAAUUAUUUAUUGUGAAGUGGAAUUUCUAACUUAAUAAAUAUAUUAUGAA